GACCUUUCCGGGGAACUAGCAGCACAGCCCGGACUUCUAACACCACGUAGAAAUGGCGGCGACCGUAUGCCGAGUCGGGAGCACCGUGGGUCGAACCCUCGCUAAAACCCGCAGUGUGAGUAUAGAUUAAAAUUUCCGUGUAGUUUCGGUAUGUGUUUGUGUGAAGUAGACAUACUUUUGCUCAGAUUUAGUAAAACUUCAAAGGUUAUCGAUCAACUCUGUCUGUUUUCUACCAUACAAAGCUAGCAGAAGCGCAGAGGACUGAGCUAACCGGUUAGCAUUAGCUAGCCAUAAGAGAAUGCAAGGUCACUUGUCAAAUGAGGCAGUACAACUUUUAUCAGUUAUCUAAUUUGAAGUAUUUACAUUCAAAACGCUUACUAGCAUCAGCUGUUUGUAGUUUUGGUCGACUUUGGUCAAUGACAAGGGGACAGUCUUCCGUGUUUGUCAUCUGUCCUCGUUUGCCCUCACUCCGAGGCUAAGCUUCUCGGCUAGCACGAUUAGCAUUGUGACUUUGGAGACAAACUCUUGAUUGUGACUAUUUUACUGUUAUAAAUUCAAAAUGUUUGAUUUACAUUUGUCUUGUAACCCCUUAACGGCUAGUGAAGGGUUAACUGAGUUACCAGUGAUGGAGAUUUAAGCUGUGUUGUCCAAUAUCUCCUUUAACGUUAGCUUAGGUUGUGUUUCCAUUAAUAGCAGCAGAGGAAAUACAAUGAUCAUAUUUAUGAAUGUAGAGAAAAUGAAGUCAUAUUGGUCAAACUCAACCUGAAUCCGUUUUAAUACCCACAAAACGCUUGACCUUGUAGGGUACAUUGCGUUAGUAUAAGUUGAAACGUUUCCAUCUGAAAAUAACUUUCUUAGUUUUACCGGAAUUGCAGGGGAACCCAAACAACAUUAUCUCCAUACACGGUCCAUGCUGAUGAUAUCCUGAUUUAGAGAUUCUGCGUGAACUGAUAAUUCUUCCCCAAACACAUUAAGAUUUAAAGUUAUCUGCUUUGUCUAUUCUUAGCUGAUCCUUCUGUGGAUAGGAGAGGUUGACAUUGUUGUCAAAAUCAGCUGUCAGCCUUAUGUUGAUGUGUUGUCCUUUACUGAACUUGACAACUCAAUAAGAGCCUGUUCAAAGCACUUGACACAGUGUGACCAGCACUAAUAGAUAGACAAAAUCAGUCAGAAUACAAUGUGCCCUGUCAGGUCCUGAAGUCUUUUUUUUUCAGCACUAUCAGAAUCACCUCCUAUGAAAUAUAGUCACAAAAAUGUUAAGCAUUAUAAAAAAACUCAUAUUAUGUUAUUUCAAAAUAUUUCUCACUUAAGUCUCUGAAACUUCAUGUCAAGGAGAGUAAGAAUAUUCUGGGAAGUGGUUUCUCGGUGUCUUAAUGUGGCAUGUUAAUGUUCCCAUUAAUCCAACAGUAUCGUCUUUUAGUAGAAAUUUGAGAGUGACUUUCUAGCCUCUUGUUGUCUGUAGCCCAUCUUGCUCUCGCUGCGGCGUGGACAGGCCUCAGUCAGCUAUGCCCAGAGCCUGCUGGGAGCCCCUGAAACCCGUCUCACUGCCCUGGACAAUGGUUUGAGAGUUGCUUCUGAGGAGACUGGACAUGCCACCUGCACUGUAAGAAAGCAGGAAAAGCAUUUUAUCUACAAUCAUAUCAAAUGUUUUAAUAACACUAAAUGGCGUCUCUAAUAUUUGAUAUUUGACCCUUCCCCCACUCUUCACCUAUGCAACCUCUCUCAUAGGUCGGACUGUGGAUCAGUGCUGGCAGUCGUUAUGAGAGCGAGAGGAACAACGGAGCAGGUUUCUUCCUGGAGCACUUGGCUUUUAAGGUAUGAUUUAGAAGAACUUGUGACCUUGUGAAUAUGCUAUUUCUUUUUUUAUUUAAUAAUAUUUUUUAAUUUAAAUCAAAGAGUGCAAAUAAAGUAAAUAGUUUUUGCUCAAUUUUUGCAUAAACAGAAGUGCGGAAAAAUAUACAAUCAAUGUAAAUAAAUACAAUAAUAAAAUUAGAGUCUUCAUGGUUAAGUACAAGUAUAAGUAUAAUCAAAAUAAAGGGAAAAGAAAUACAGAACACAAACAUACACAAAUAAUAAUGGUAAUAAUACAACAUUGAGUUAACAUCUUUAUAUAAAUAUAAAAUAAUAAUGAUAAUAAACAAGCUAUUUCUGCUGAGACGCAGUGCUGUACGGUGUUAAAAAUUUCUAAAAUGUAUAAAUAUAUUUACUGGUAAAUCAGACUCUAGUGUGACACUGGUCCUCCUGUUCACAUUUCUUCUUGUCCCUCAGGGAACCAAGAAGCACCCUCAGACAGCUCUGGAACAGCAGGUAGAGUCCAUGGGUGCUCACCUCAGCGCCUAUACUUCCAGGGAGCACACAGCAUACUACAUGAAAACACUGGCCAAAGACCUGCCCAAAGGUUGGUAAAAAUUCACAUUCUUCCACGUAGGAUUAAGAUAUUAUGAAUAAACUGACAAAUGUCGAAUGGAGGAUCACAGUAAGUUUGACCUGUAACUUCAUGGUAGCUGAGAUAUUCACUGUACUGUACAAAGUGUGUGCGUAUCCUAUUAGUUAAGAACUAUGUUUUCCCCACUGUUUUCUCAGCUGUGGAGCUGCUGUCAGAGGUGGUGCAGAGCUGCUCUCUGAGCGAGGCCGACAUCGAACAGCAGAGGAACGUGGUGCUGCGUGAGUUAGAGGAAGUUGAGAACAACAUCCAGGAGGUUUGUCUGGACCUGUUGCACGCCACAGCCUUCCAGGGCACUCCUCUCGGACAGAGUGUGCUAGGACCCUCCAACAAUGCGAGGUGAGGGGAGCUGUGGAAUUACUCCUGUUAAAGCUCACAAUUUUGGAAAUACAAAAAGGGAAACCCUCAGAUGUAGCAAAACACUGAUCAAACAACAGUUUUAAUUUAAUACUAUAACAACAAUACCAAUUAAUUAGUCACUGGACAAUUAUCAACUCUGCGCUAAUUUCCCCCAGGACCCUGAACCGCCAGGACCUGGUUGAUUAUGUCAACAGCCACUACAAAGCCCCACGCAUGGUGCUGGCCGCUGCUGGAGGUAAAUCCCCUUCGCUUCGACAUGCUUGAUGAGACAUACUGUGGAAUUUCAGCUUUGUCUCAAAAAAGGCAGCAUUUAUCAGAUGUUUUUCCUCUACAGGUGUGAGCCAUGAUGAGCUGGUCGGGUUGGCCAAAACUCACUUCAGUGGAGUGUCUUUUGAGUAUGAGGGUGAUGCCGUCCCUGUGCUGUCACCGUGUAGAUUUACAGGCAGUGAGGUGAGGCGAUGUACUUUACAUCUAUAAUAGAAAAAUGCAGCCUUUACAGAAAUUAAAAGUUGGAUGUAAUAGAUGUGAUUCAGAGCUGUAAAGAUCAUUUUAACUGUCAUGUUAAACUGUUUUGUUUAUUUUUUUCUUCCCUCCCUUUCAACAGAUCCGUAUGCGUGACGACGGGUUGCCCCUGGCACACGUUGCCAUUGCUGUGGAAGGAGCCAGUGCUGCCAGCCCGGACAUUGUGCCCCUCAUGGUGGCCAACUCCAUCAUUGGCAGCUUUGACCUCACCUAUGGAGGUGGAAAGGUUAAUAAUAUGUUCUUGAACAAGCUUGUUUUAGUUUCGGUGGUAAAAAAAACUCAACAGUGAUGAACCUGGCUAUAGGAGCGAACAUCUCCUGAGUAAAUGUACAUCAUCCUUUUAUCUUAUCCCCCUUUAAGCUUUGCCCAUUUGAGGUUUUAAAUGUCUUGAGUGGCCAUUAUGAAGGGGUAGACUGCAAUCCUCUCUUAAACCUGGGUCAGGGAUCCCACCCUUGCCUCCGGACCUGUUGGGAGGAACAAAAAAAAAAAAGCACUUUUAUAUUUAAGUGCUGUUGCUGUACUACUUUAAAGCUUGACUGCUGUACCAUACAAUACUCAGAGUGUGCCGAUACAAAACCUACAAACACAGUCAUUUUAAUCUCACUUUCAAACAGCAGUCUGUGACCAUGAAUCCCUUCCUCUCCCUGCAGCAUCUCAGCAGCCGCCUGGCUCGUCUGGCAGUUGAGGAGAAACUGUGUCACAGCUUCCAGGCCUUCCACUCAUCCUACUGCGAUACUGGCCUGCUGGGUAUUCACUUUGUGGCUGAUAGGCUCUACAUUGAAGACAUGAUGCACUGGUCUCAGAACGCAUGGUCAGUAAGAACUCUAGGAUUAUGAGACGCGCGCACUCACACACAGAACGACAUGACUGUGUUAUGUCUCCCUAUAACUAAAAAACCAAACGCUCGUAUUUCUUCUUCUCUCCACCCCUUUCCUGCAGGAUGAACCUGUGUACCACUGUGACAGAGAGUGAUAUAGCCAGAGGCAAGAUUGCUCUGAAGGCCAGCCUGGUCGGACAGCUCAAUGGUGUGUAGUAUGUCCAUCAUACUUUUAUAUAAUAUACAGAUAAACGCCUCUGAAUCCAAAGUCAACGGAUCUCUUUUUCUUGUAGGAACUACACCAAUCUGUGAUGACAUCGGCAGACACAUCCUAAACUAUGGGCGUCGUAUUCCCUUGGCAGAGUGGGAUGCACGCAUAGAUGUGAGUUGACAAUAAAACAAAACUGCACUUUAUCUUCUCAUUUGUGUUCAAGGGAAGACGUCUUACUUGUCUUUUUAUUAUUUUUUUUAAGGCUGUGACUCCAAGGAUGGUGAGAGACGUUUGCUCCAAAUAUAUCUAUGAUAAGUGUCCCGCUGUGGCAGCUGUCGGUGAGUUUGUAGCAUUUCUUUUACUUGUUUUUUUACUAAAAUGGUUUUAGCUCAUGCAGGAAUAAACUCCUCUAAAUCAUCCUUUCUGUCUCUUCCCAGGCCCCGUAGAGCAGCUACCUGACUACAACAGAAUGCGCAGUGCCAUGUAUUGGCUGAGGUUUUAAGAUAAAAAGUUGUGUUGCUCCAACUGUCCCAAGUUUGCUCUACAUCCUCCUUUACCCCACUCUUCUCCCAUCAUCACUGCGAGACGGAAACCCCCAAAGAUCGUCCACACAUUGACUUGACGGCACAGACGGCCUUCCACCCUCUCUCCUCUCCCUACCUCCCUCUCUCAUCCUGCCUUCAGGUCACUCAUAGUUAGUCAUUGGGGGAGAGCCAGUCCAUUGUCGGGUACUGUCGGGUCUACAUUUACACAUCAGUUACCUUUUGAUUGUACUGUACAGGUCCUUAUUGCCUGGUACUGACAUGGAGAGGAGAAAGGGCGGACUUGAUUAUUACAUAAUCAUCAACAGGGCAUGGUACUGCCAGCCCUGGAUACGGAUAGAUAGGAGCAAGAAUAUAUUUAUAAUUUCUGUAACAUUUGUUUCUGUCUUCUAUUGUACAUAACAGAAGCUCUCAUUCCGUCAAAUUAAAACUACUGUAAAACAUGAGUCCACUCUGCUUUGUC